AUGAAUAAUCAAAAUAUCAACAACAACCCGAGGAGGGGAAAUUUCGGCUUGGUCAAUCCAUCUGCAAUGCAAAUUGCCAUGCAAAUGCCAAUGCAGAUACAAAUGCCUGCAAGCCACAACCAACAGCAUGUGCCCCAUCUGUUAUCUCAGUCGCAACCUCAAGUCAGACCCUUCUUUCCCGGACACUUUCAACCCUCAGAGCCUCAAGCUCAGGCAUUUGUCCACGACCCAUCACAAGCCAUGGCCCAAGCACAGGGUAACACUAAUAUCGGCAUCUCAUCCCCUCUCAUGCCCACACCGGGGCCUGGAUCUGGAAAGCGCCUUCCCAAAGCACCUUCUCGGCCUUCUGGGGGUUCCUCUGGUCAAGGAAAUCCUUCCCCCAUGAAAACCAUGGAAUUGACCCCUGCUGUGCGUAGAGGGAAACGGAAACUUCCGGAUGAAGCGAUUCCCGAGAAAGUCUCGGCAAUAUUACCAGAAUCUGCCCUUUACACUCAGUUGCUUGAAUUCGAGUCCUGGGUGGAUGCUGCCCUUGCGAGGAAGAAGAUUGACAUUAUCGAAUCACUAAAAAAUCCUCUGCGUGCCCAGAAGGUUCUGCGGAUUUACCUUUUCAACACCUAUGCCAAUCAAACGGGGACAAAUGUGGAGAAGGAAAAUGUCGAGCCACCUUCAUGGUCUCUCAGGAUAAUCGGGAGGAUACUGGAAGACGGCAGAGAUCCUGCGCUGCAAGGACUAGCGUCGAGCACUUCGUACCCGAAGUUUUCAUCUUUCUUUAAGAAAAUCACUGUGUACUUGGAUCAGAGUUUAUAUCCGGAUAACCACGUAAUUUUGUGGGAGAGUUCUCGAUCACCUGUGCUUCAUGAAGGGUUUGAGGUGAAGAGGAAAGGGGAUAAGGAGUUCACUGCAAUUGUUCGUCUGGAGAUGAAUUAUGCCCCUGAAAGAUUUAAGCUUUCGCCUGCAUUGCAAGAAGUUCUUGGAAUUGAGGUGGAGACGCGCUCACGAAUUAUGACGGCCCUUUGGCACUACAUUAAGAUGAGAAAGUUACAAAUACCCGGUGAGACUUCCUCUUUCAUGUGUGAUCCACCACUGAGGAAGAUUUUUGGGGAGGAGAAGUUGAAAUUCUCCAUGGUUCCGCAGAAGAUAACUCCCCAUCUUUCUCCUCCUGGACACAUACAUUUAGAGCACAGGAUCAAGCUUUCUGGGGGUACUCCUGUUGGAAACACUUGUUAUGAUGUGUUGGUUGAUGUCCCUCUUGUAUUGGAGAAGGAAAUGUCAACUUUCCUGACAAACUUAGAGAAGAACAAAGAGAUUGAUUCUUGUGAUGAAGCUAUAUCCUCUGCUGUGAAGAAAAUACAUGAACAUCUUCGCAGGCGAUCAUUUUUUCUUGGUUUCAGUCAGUCACCUGCGGAGUUUAUUAAUACCUUAAUUGCUUCUCAAGCCCGAGAUUUGAAACUUGCUGCUGCUGAUGCCACUCGUGAUAUGGAGAAAGAGCGCCGAGCAGAAUUCUACAAUCAACCUUGGGCUGAAGAUGCUGUCAUCCGGUAUCUAAAUCGAAAACCUGCUGUCGCCCCUCAAAAUCGUGCAAGGUUUCGAGUUUUAAAUCUGGUCGUUCCGACCUGCGGACCGCGGAAAAAGAAGUCGCGGGCCGCGGAGAGUGUCGCGGGUCGCGGGAACUGGGACGCUUCAGCCUCUGUUACUCUCGCGGGCCGCGGGAACUGGGAAAAUCUGGUAGUUCAUCUCUCUGUUAUUUCUGCGGGCCGCGGGUUUUUAGCUGGUCACGUGAACUCAUCCGGGGCUGAAAAUCUCGAGAAAAGGUAG